UUUAUUGCAAGACAGUGACGUCGAUUGUGGCCGAGUGGGACUGUGUGGUUCCACCUGCUUGGCCCACUUUGCGCUGGGAUUUCGCCAGCCGCGAAGAGGCCGCUUUCGACAUAGAAGACUUUUGUUCCCGGGGCUCUUAGUAGAUGCUAAAAUCAACAUGGCACCUGAAUGGGCUAUAGGAGAGAACAAGAACUAUCAACAGAAACUCUUGGUUCCAGGAACAAAGAAAAGAAAAUUAUUUGGUUUGCUUGAGAAACCCAAUCUUCCUCCAGCGGCUCCAAAUGUGACCUACAAGCUAUUCAUGUUUGGGAAAGCGUCUUCGGGCAAAACUUGGACAAUGAACAGACUUUCUGGUCAGGAGCUACCAACACACCACACCGAGACUGUAGGAAUCCAGUGUAGCAAUGUGUAUUGGCCCAUGAAAAUUGGGAACCGUUUGAUUCUGUUCCGACUGGAAAUAUGGGAUGCAGGAGAAUCAAGUGUGAAAAGAUACAAUCAUGUAUUACCUGCUUGUCGUGAGGGAGUGGAUGCUGUGCUACUAUGUUUCUCAGUGACAGAUCGUGAAGGGUGGCUCGAACUUCCUCGUUUACUGACAACUGCAACAACGCCUACUGAUCGUGCAGCCUUAAUUGUAAUUGCCACAAGGUGCGACCAGUAUGCAAACCGGGAGGUAAGCGAAGGAGAACUUGAUUCUUUUGAAGCUACACAUGGAGUCCCAAUCAUCAAGCUGGGAGGAGCCUCGGAAGACCAGUCUGAUGAGAUCACACACACUGCGCCCAUUUUGAACUUCCUGUGCAAAAGACUGUGGCAGAGAGACCAAGAACUCCUUUCCAUCAAGCCUUAAAUCGCAGGUCGUAUAUUGAUAACACAUGCCUCAGCUAGAAAGAAGAAAAGAAGGAAAUAAAAGAACUAAAAACUGAAAGGUAGAACACACAACUCAACGCCCUUGUCUUCAAUAUCCGUCCAGUCUACCUUUGUUGCAGUUUUUUUCAUUCUUUUGCCGAUGGUUAGGCUGGCUUGGCUGUGGUUGUUUUAGACCUGGAUUUAGUGAUGGCGAUAAAAGGAUGGUUUUACACUAUAGGCCUCCCAGUGGCUAUUGACAAGUUCUCUCUCAAAAGGGUUUAGUAGAUAUAUAUGAUAUUUUCCAGUUAUAUGUUGGUGAGAAAUUUAUAUUCAAGUACUGACUCCAAAUAGAAUGGUAGUAUAGGUUGUAUAUGUCUUCCAUGUUCUCAGAUUCACAAGCAUGAAACAGGUGGUGGGAUAGAUAUAUCUUGUUAUGUUCGUAGACAGCAUACAUUAUGUAGGAAGUGCAAAAGUGAUUCAGCUGAUACAGAUUUUUAUAGAGUUCUAAAUGUCAUUGUCAAUAUAUUUUUAUAUUUUGAAAUAGGGAAACCAUGUUUAAUAUGGCAUAGUUUGUCUUGGCAAUUAAUAAAUGCAUUUUUAACA